UAAAAAGAAAAAAGUUUCAGUCUUUGCUUAGAAAAGCCAAAGCUGAAAUUGUCUAUUGAGACUAAAAGAGAAAUGAGAAGAAGAAAAAAAAGAAUAAACAGUGCUUAACAAUUUCUUCUGGGUUUCAUUUGGUCUACAACUGCAGGCUCUGUUCUUCAAACCACACUGAAUAUUUUCAUAUUUUUCUCGGAAAAAAAUUUCUCUUUUUUCUUGAUGGGUUUCUGAGAAAAUUCUCACACCUGAAGAGGGACAAAAAUUUUAAAACUAAAGAAGAGGAGGAGGAAGAAGAAAAGGAUCGUAUUGUAAAUGAUCAUGUCGGAAGACGAUACAGAGUCAUGGAGCUUUUCUGUUCUGUUUAUCAUCUUAAUCUUAACCACAGGUAGUAUCAUCACAGUUUCUGGAGAUUCUCUAGAGAGAGACAGAGAAGCUUUGUUGGACCUGAAAUCUUUUUUGGAAAAAAAUAAUCCGGUGAACCGAGGAAGAUACUCAAAAUGGAAUCAGGAGAGCUCAAAUCCAUGUUCAUGGCCUGGAAUUCUCUGCACUGAAAAUGACUCAAGAGUUAAUGGAAUCAACCUUACAGACUGCAACAUUGCCAGUGAAAUGUACAGAAAUUUCUCUUCUUUAACAGAACUCUCCUAUCUUGAUCUGUCACGAAACACCAUUCAGGGUCCCAUUCCGGCUGAUAUAAACCGCUGCAACAACCUGAAAUAUCUUAAUCUUUCACAUAACAUCCUCCAAGGGGACCUCAGCUUGGCUGGUCUAAGUAAUCUGGAGACUCUUGAUUUGUCUCUCAAUAGAUUUUAUGGAGAGAUUCAGUCUACUUUCCCAGCAAUCUGCAAUAGAUUGGUUGUUGCUAAUCUUUCAACGAAUAACUUCACGGGUAGGAUUGAUAACUGCUUUGAUGCCUGCUUGAAUCUGAAGUAUCUAGACUUGAGCUCCAAUAAUUUCAAUGGAGAGUUAUGGAGUGAUUUUGCCAGGCUUGUGGAGUUUUCCGUAUCGGAAAACUAUGUAUCCGGGAACCUUUCAGUUUCAAUGUUUCCAGAGAAAUGUAGUCUGCAGGUUUUGGACUUGUCAGAUAACAUGUUCAGAGGAGUGGUUCCUAAGGAUAUUUCAAAUUGUAGGGAUUUGAUCAUAUUGAUUCUCUGGGGAAACAAUUUCACGGGGCAAAUUCCGGACGAGAUAGGGUCUAUUUCCACCCUUCAAGGUUUGUUCUUGGGGAACAAUAGCUUCUCUAGGAACAUUUCUGAAUCUCUGUUGAACUUGAAAAACUUGGCAUUUUUGGAUUUGAGCAAGAACAACUUUGGUGGAGAGAUACAGGAGAUUUUUGGGAGAUUUACUCAGGUGAAGUUUCUUGUCUUGCACGGUAAUUCAUAUACAGGAGGGAUUAACUCUUCGGGCAUUCUCCGAUUACCCAACAUUGCUCGAUUAGACCUGAGCUACAACAAUUUCUCUGGUCCAUUACCAAUCGAAAUCUCUCAAAUGCCAAGUUUGAAAAUCUUAAUCCUUGCCUACAAUCAGUUCAAUGGUAGUAUACCACCAGAAUAUGGUAAUCUGCCUCAUCUUCAAGCUCUCGAUUUAUCUUUUAAUAGGCUUACUGGAUCUAUACCAGACUCCUUUGGGAAAUUGAGCUCCCUCUUGUGGUUAAUGCUAGCAAACAAUUCCCUCUCAGGCGAAAUCCCACCUGAGCUUGGAAACUGUAACAGCCUGCUAUGGCUAAACCUGGCAAACAACCAAUUUUUGGGGAAAAUCCCCCCUGAAUUGGCAAAAAUGGGAUCUAAUCCUAGUGCAACAUUUGCGUCAAACCAGCAAAACGAACGAGUGAUUGCUGGUUCUGGUGAGUGCUUAGCUAUGAAAAGGUGGAUUCCUGCAGAUUAUCCACCAUUCAGUUUUGUAUACACAAUUCUUACCAGGAAGAGUUGUAGAAGCAUAUGGGACAGAUUGCUUAAAGGGAACAGUCUUUUCCCAGUAUGUUCUGUAGGUUCAAAGGUAAGAACAUAUAAAAUCUCUGGUUAUCUUCAACUUAGUGGCAACAAGCUUUCAGGUGAUCUUCCUCAAGAUAUUGGCAAGAUGCAGAAUUUCAGUAUGUUGCAUUUGGGUUUCAAUCAGCUCCAAGGAAAGCUGCCUUCCCAGAUUGGAAUGUUGCCUCUCGUAGUCCUGAACAUCACUCGGAACGAAUUUUCUGGUGAGAUUCCAACAGAAAUUGGCGAUAUAAAGUGCCUGCAGAAUCUUGAUCUCUCUUACAACAACUUCUCUGGAAGCUUCCCAGCAAGCUUGAAUAACUUAGCUGAGCUGAACAAAUUCAAUAUCUCAUAUAAUCCCCUCAUUUCUGGCGUAGUCCCAACAACUGGGCAAUUGGCAACUUUUGAAAAAGAUUCAUACUUGGGAAAUCCACUCUUGCAUCUCCCAAUUUUUAUUAACAAUUCUGCACAGCCUCCAAAAGAUGCAGGCUCCAAUGUGAAGCAAAAGAAGUCAACAAAGAUAGCUUUAUUUCUAGUGUUCAUAUCCCUCUCUCUGGCUUUCAUAAUUAUUGGAGUUGUAUCACUAGUAAUCUGUGUAUUGGUGAAGAGCUCUGCAGACUCAGGAUAUCUCUUAGAGGAUACAAAGUACCGACAUGACAUGGCGUCAAGCUCUGGUGGAUCAUCACCAUGGUUGUCAGGGACAGUGAAGGUCAUCCGUUUGGAUAAAACAGCAUUCACACAUGCUGAUAUUUUGAAGGCCACUGGAAAUUUUUCAGAGAAUAGAAUCAUUGGGAAGGGAGGAUUUGGAACUGUUUACCAUGGCAUAUUGCCUGAUGGCAGAGAAGUUGCAGUGAAGAAGCUACAAAGAGAAGGUACUGAAGGCGAAAAAGAGUUCAGAGCUGAAAUGGAGGUUCUGAGUGGAAAUGUCUUUGGUUGGCCUCAUCCAAAUCUUGUCACACUUUAUGGAUGGUGCCUUGAUGGUUCAGAGAAAAUAUUGGUCUACGAGUACAUGGAAGGUGGGAGCCUGGAGGAACUUAUAUCAGAUAGACUAAGACUAACGUGGCGAAGACGAAUUGAUAUUGCAAUUGAUGUGGCACGUGCACUCGUGUUUUUACAUCACGAAUGCUUCCCUUCCAUUGUUCACCGUGAUGUCAAGGCUAGCAACGUAUUGCUCGAUAAAGAUGGCAAGGCAAGGGUCACAGAUUUUGGGCUUGCUAGAGUUGUUGAUGCUGGAGAUAGCCACGUAAGCACAAUGGUUGCUGGGACAAUUGGCUACGUAGCACCAGAAUAUGGCCAAACUUGGCAGGCAACAACAAAAGGAGACGUGUAUAGUUACGGAGUGCUGGCAAUGGAACUGGCUACCGGGAGGAGAGCUAUUGAUGGAGGGGAAGAAUGCUUGGUGGAAUGGGCAAAAAGGGUAAUGGGACAAGGCCGAAAAGGACAAGGAAGGGCUGUGAUACCAGUUGUGCUUCUGGGGUCUGGACUUGCAGAAGGGGCAGAGGAGAUGUGCGCCUUGUUGCAAAUUGGAGUCAGGUGUACCACAGAGGCACCACAAGCCAGACCAAACAUGAAAGAGGUUCUGGCAAUGCUAAUCAAGAUAUCUGGAUAUAGAGGGGAUUUAUCUUAUGGAUCAUCAAGUCCUCCCUAUUAAGGGUUUGAUUCGAGAUAUGAUCAAAAAGAUAAGUGUACAAUUAUAGGUUUAUGUUACAUAUACUUUUACAAGCACAAAUGUUUGAUAUAAUACACAGCAAUUUUGUUGCUUUGAUUCUUUUUUGUACACAAAUACUCAUCACUUAUUAUGUUGAUGAAGAAAAAAAAUUCACUCCAUUUUUUUUCUAUGAAGUCCAUCUGCAAUUAUUUCAUGUACUUCAUGUAAAGAGAAAACAUGGUAAUGGCAGCAUCUCUUGUUGGGUACCAAUCACAGAGGAAAUUAUGGGCA